AUGAGGUUAAGGCCUUGUGAUGGAUGCUCAUUGAGAAGGAUUAAAUGUGAUAAAAGAUCAUUGGAAAUGGGGUGUUUGAAUUGUGAAACGCAUGGUGUCCCAUGUACGAAUAAUCGAAUUCGAAAAAGAAGUGGGCCCAAAAGAAUUCAUAGGAAGACCCGAGAGCGAAUACUUGGAAUGAGCAAAACAGCCAAAAUUGAAACAGAAUACUUGAGUGAAGUCCCCAUUGAAACUAAUGGGAACACCGAACAGUCGAAGUUAAGUCUUGAGGAUUUGCUACCCUAUUUACAGAUAUACCAAACAUGGUACUAUUGUGUUUGGCCAGUGGUGAGUAUUGCUCAUUUAGUGUCUAAAUUGAUGACCAAGGUUGACCCAAUGUAUAUAUUGGCCUGUUCAUUGGCCGCAGCCACUUCCACGCAAGUUUCUUUCCUUUCCAGCAAUAAAAACGUUACCAAUCUUCCUGCAAGUAAUAAGCCAUCGGUUGAAUAUGCUAAUGAAGCCAAAAGAGUUCGAGAACUAUUUGGGUAUAGGGAGAAUCCCACCCCAGACACUUUACUUGCAUCUUUUUUCCUUUACGUUCACUAUACAAACCAAGAGCAGGGUGCUAAACAAGCCAUAAUGCACUUAAGAGACGCUAUUUCUGUGUGUCAAAUCUUACGAUUAGACUCCAUGGAAACUUAUCAAGAGAAGUACCCGGCGGAAACCCACAAAUUACGGAAAAUAUACUAUACUUUGGUAGUGAGUGAACGGUAUGUUUGUUUUGAAAAGGGAAUACCCAUAGUCUUGAAGGCCACGAUUCCGUUUCCUUCGUUGAAUGACGAAGAGUAUCCUGAACUUUUAGAAGGAUUUACUGAAUUGAUCAAGGUUUUUUCGACCCCGGGAGAAGACUUUUUCGAUCAAAUCACUAACAAGAUACAUACCUACGACAGAGCCAGCCAGAAAAAGUGGAUACUAAAGAUACAAGAAAAACUUACUGGGAUUCAAAUGAGCGACCAAAUCAAUGACACCCAGAAGCUUAACAUCGUAUUAACACAGGCGUGGUUACAGAGCUUGGUAUGGCUAAUUGCCAAAGAAUCAAACUUGUUGGGCAGCACCGAGCAAACGUGUCUAUCUGUUUCGUUCCCAUUGCAAAUAGCGCAAGCGUAUUUAACAAGAGUGGAAAACAUUCCAAUCUUUGCUUUUGAAUCAAAUGGACCGGGUGCUUCUCAUAAGUUAUUGGAACUAGCCAAUUGUUUGGCUUAUUCGUUACUGAAGCAGCCGUCGCAAGCGGGGCUUGACGUCUUGCAGUACCUUUUCCAAAGCAUCAGCAAUAAAAUGCAUAACAAGUUGCCCAUGGCCAUGUACAAUAGGAUAGAUCCACUCGCCGUUCACCCAGAUGUCCAUGGCGAUCUGUGA